AUGGCGAGCGGCCUGAAUCCCAUUUCGUCGUCGUCGUCGCAAGGCGGCACGCCAACGUACGGCCGCCUCACCACCGCCGAGCUCAUUGGUUCGUGCCCGGUGCUCGCGGAAGGAAGCACGAUGCUCGAAGACCCCGCGCCGUUCAAGCCGACGGUGCGCCACUUGUGGCCGCUUCUGCCCGGCCUGGCCAUCAUGGGCGCCGUAGCGUACUUCGUGUCGAUCGUCGUCACCGACAACUGCGUCGACCUGAACAUGUCCGAGGUCACGUACCGCGACAACAACAUCCUUGGUGAGCAAUGCCGCGCUGUCGAGCGCGAGGUGCCGUGGCGCGAGCUCACGCGCAAGCUCCGCCGCUGCAAGCGCCACGAGUACUAUGACCCGCUGCACGACGACUGCCAACUGUGCCCUGCGACAACGCCCCACGACCGCGUCUUUGCCGUCUUUUGGGAGAGUCAGAAGGACUGCGCCCGCCUCGUGGAAGAAGUCAACACCAAGUAUGUGACGCACGUCUACUGGGCGUUUGCGACGCUGAGCAUGACGGGCGAAGUCUCGCAGUCGCUGCAGCGCUGCAUCAAGCAGCUCAUCAGUAUUGGCGGCGCCGAGAGCCGCGACUCGUUCUACGCCCUACGCGACGAGAAGGCGUUCGAUCUCUUUACACGCACGUCGCUCUCGGUCGUCAAAAAGUUUGACUUUGAUGGCAUCGACAUGGACGAUGAGAGCGGGAACCAGCCGCAAGCCAACUUUAAAUGGAAGGAGACGCAGGCCCCUGUCGUGUACAAGUACCUCGUGGCGCUGCGCAAUGGCUUGGACGCGAUGCAGGCCCCGGAUGAGCCGCGCUAUUUGCUGACGUGGGAUGAGUUUCCGACGAGCUUGGACGGCCAAGAGGGCGGGUAUGUCGGCUGCAGCCUCGUCUCGGACGGCGGCUGGUUCCGCUGUUACGACGAGAAAUUCACGCCGCUCCUCGACUGGGUCAACAUCAUGUUGUACAACAUCCCGUCCACGGACGGGUACGAGGCGAUGUUGAGUCGCCGCAUUCCGCAAAACUGGGUGCCCGCGAUUGGCGCUGACAAGCUCAUCAUUGGCGCCUGCAGCAGCCUCGGGUGCGUCGAGCCCGUGCCGCCGCCGGGCCAAUCGUACAAGAACGCGUACAACGGCUCUGCACUGUACAAAGGCGCCAUGCUGUGGAGUGCGACCAAUGACGUCCUCUACGACGGCGGCCAUACGAUGAAGACGAUGGGCCAAGCCGGCAACUACGGUGUGCGCAUGCCGUUCCGGCCGCUCGACGUGUGA